AUGGUCCAGGCCGGUAUAUCGUGUACCGUCUUCGAGCAAGCCAGCUCCAUUGAUGCACGACCACGUGAUUGGAACUUCGCCAUAUAUUGGGCGCAAUCGCCACUCGAACAAUGCCUACCAGAAGAGAUCAACAAUUUGCUGUUGACAGCGCAAGUCGACAACUAUAUCCCGAACGCCAAAGAUACCAUCCCAGUCUUCCAUGGAGAGAGGGGUGACAAGAUGAAAGAAAUACCUGCGCCGUAUAGCCUUCGAUUGGGCAAGAAGAAGUUCACCAGACUGAUCUCUCGAGGAUUGAAUAUACGGGAACGUUCUUUUGCUUUUUCCGCAAACAAGGAGAAGCUGACAAUCUUACAGUACGGCAAAUGCAUAUCAAGCAUCUCAACUUCCAAAGACGCAGUAACCGCUACAUUCGAAGACGGUACCACGCACACCGCUACCCUCCUGAUAGGAGCCGAAGGAGCCCAUUCACUCACACGAGAGUUCCUGCUCGGUCCAGAAAAGGCCGCGCUCAUCCAGUCACCAGUCGUCGCCAGCGUGACCAUCGCACGCCCUGCAGCAGCGGCAUCGGCGAUGGCGAAGAUUGAUCCCAGAGCCAACUGCUGGUUCCAUCCGAAUGGCCAGUUUUCCUGGGCUUCAGUACUGGACAGCUAUGAUAAACCCGACAUCGCGGACUGGGACUGGAUGCUUAUCCAAACCUGGAUGCAGCAAGAGCCGACCACCCUCUCCGGCAGCGCCAUCAUCGAGGAUAUGAAAAGGCGCGCAAAAGAAUUCGCAGAUCCCUACAGAACAAUCAUACAAGCGAUCCCUGACCAGACUCCAGCGUGGCACAAUCGCUUGUCGUACUGGCCGACUCAGCCUUGGGACAAUCUUGGCGGGAGAGUGACACUAGCGGGAGACGCGGCGCAUCCGAUGACCUUUCGUACGCAGAGCUCUUACUUUCUCGAAGAUGAUAGCGGACUGACGAUAUACUGUACAAAAGACCGUGGCCAAGGCCUUAACAACGCCAUCCAUGAUGCCGCUACUUUACUGCAGCAGUUGAGAGCCAUGCCGGAAAAGACCCAAGAAGCAUUGGCAGCGGCAGUUCUGGAAUACGAGAAGGAGAUUUGGCAGAGAGGGAAAGCAGCCGUGGAGGGUUCGGCUCAGAAUACCUUGAUGGUCCACGACUGGGCGAAGAUGGCGGAUUCGCCGCUCCUGAAAUUUGGCACUGUGCAGAAGGUUGACAUGCAACAGACUAAGGCUGAAACAGUAUCAUGA